AUGUACUCAAAGGUAGUAUUGAUCCUAGCAGUAACCGCUUUAGUAGCAGUCUCAGCGGAGUACGGUCACUCAUCACAGCACUUCACCAAACACGAUGGCCAUCACCAGCUCGUGCAUAUAGCUGAGCAUGGACACGAUGGUCAUCAUCACGGACACCAUGAACAUCACCAUGUUGAUUAUUACGCUCAUCCAAAAUACGAGUUCAAGUAUGAAGUAAAGGACCCUCACACGGGAGACCACAAGGAGCAUCACGAGCACCGCGACGGUGACAGCGUGAAGGGACACUACUCUUUCCACGAACCUGAUGGUUCUAUCAGACAUGUACAUUACCAUGCUGAUAAGAAGACUGGUUUCCACGCAGAAGUGACCCAUGAACAUCACUUCCAUCAUUAG